GAAUGAACAGUUUGACUUGCACGCUCAAACUUGGUGUUUUGUGACUUUGUUGUCUCUCAUUUCCACUUGAUUUCAUCCCGCAGCCAUGUCGCUCGACGGUCCAACCAUUCCAAUACCUCCUUUGGCUGCUGACUCUUCGUCGCUCGCUGUACCACUCAAUGGCAAGCCAAUGCUAAAUGGACACGCCCCAGAGAGCAACGCCAACUCACCAGCCUCUGAGCGCCUACAAAUCAUUAAUGAUGAAAAGAACUUCACAACCCACUUGACAUCUCAGAUAGAACGAUGGGGUCUUCGCGAUGCCGGCUUCAAUUAUAACAUAGUAGCUGUCUUCGGGUCGCAGUCUACCGGGAAGAGUACACUGCUAAAUAGACUAUUUGGUACUACUUUCGACGUCAUGAAUGAGACCAGACGACAGCAGACUACGAAAGGUAUCUGGAUGUGCCGAGGGAAAGACAUGGGUGUCAUGGUCAUGGACGUGGAAGGCACGGAUGGACGAGAACGCGGAGAGGACCAGGACUUCGAGCGUAAAUCCGCUCUUUUCUCCCUCGCUUCAUCAGAAGUACUUCUCAUUAACCUCUGGGAGCACCAAGUUGGCUUGUACCAGGGUGCAAACAUGGGUCUUCUGAAGACCGUAUUUGAGGUUAACCUUGGUCUGUUCGGAAAGAAAGCUCAAGACGGUUCUCAAGGGCGCACUCUGCUGCUAUUCGUAAUUCGAGACCAUAUUGGUGUCACCCCCCUCGCGAACCUCCAAGCUACCCUCACCGCCGACCUCACAAAAAUAUGGGAUUCGCUUUCUAAACCACAGGACCUCCAGGAUCGUCAACUUUCGGAUUACUUCGACCUUGCAUUCACAGCACUACCCCACAAGAUUCUCGCUGCAGAUCAAUUCGAGGCUGAAGUUCAAGAACUGCGGAAACGGUUUGUGGACAAGAAGAGGGAUGAUUUCAUUUUCAAGCCCGCUUACCAUAAGCGAAUUCCCGCUGAUGGCGCGGCGUUCUACAUGGAAAACAUAUGGGAACAAGUACAAACGAACAAGGACCUUGAUCUGCCUACGCAACAGGAACUCCUCGCACAAUUCCGAUGUGACGAGAUAUCCUCCGUCGCGCUUGCAGAGUUUACUGAACAGUCAAAGUCGCAACGGAGACCCAUUGAGGCAGGUCACGUGGUAGAAGGUCUCGGUGGUUUGAUGCGAAGUUGGAGGUCCCAAGCACUCAACCGCUACGACCGCGAUGCAUCUCGCUAUCACCAAGGGGUGUACCAGCGCAAGCGUACUGACCUUCUUGGUGUUCUUGAUUCGACACUUUCUCCCCUCUUCCUUGGACAGCUCAAGAACUUGCACAAGUCAUGCCUCAGCGCCUUCAAAAAGGAGCUGCUUGAAGGCUUGCGCGGUGAGGAGUAUAACUUUGCGGACGUAGUUGGCGAGGCGCGGACAAAGUGCGAGACACGGUUCGCAGACGGUGCGACGGAGGUCUCGCUGGAGGACACCGACUGGACAUGGCAGGAUGAGCUCGAGUCUCUCAGAGAGGAGAUUGGUAAUGUGGCCGACCAGUGCAGGAAGGAUGAGACGAAGAAGAUGGUCAACUUGAUUGAGAGGAACUUCAAGAAGCAAAUUUCUGAACCUGUUGACAUCAGUCUCAAUAAAGCUACACCUGACAUGUGGGACAAAGUCUUGAGCACGUUCAAACAAACGCUCGAGAAAGCCGAGUCGACAUACCUAGCAAAGGCGAGAAGCUUUAACUGCACGGAUGACGAGAAUGCGACCUCUCUCGCUGCCCUGCGGAAACGUGCCUGGCUCGCUCUACGGGCCAAGAUCGACGAGCAGACUGCUGACACUGCUAUCCUCGGCAAGCUCCGGGGUCACUUCGAAGAGCGCUUCCGCUACGAUGAGAAUGCUGUUCCUCGAGUCUGGAGACCCGACGAUGAUAUUGAUGGGGCCUUCAAGACAGCUAAGGAUCAGACGAUGGACCUCAUUCCCCGCUAUGCCAAGAUCGCCCCUGUUGAUUCUUCCCUUGAAUUUACCCUACCCUCUGAAUCCUCUGAUUCUCUCAAUUCCACCGAUGAAUUUGAUUUCCCCUCGACGCUCGUCGUCUUCACUGAGACAAAGUCUCUUGACCUUUCUGCUCGCUUCCGAAAGGAUGCAGAUGCAUACUACGUCGAGGCGAAGCGCAGCACUGUCUCGAGCAUUGCACAGAUUCCGUACUGGAUGUACGGCGUUCUCGUCGUGCUUGGCUGGAACGAAGCUAUGGUGGUGUUGUUCAACCCUCUGUAUUUCACGUUUACCUUGAUGGCACUGAUAACUUCCUAUUUCAUCGUCAAGUUGGGCUUGACAGGACCUUUGCUUCAGGUUUCGAAAACAGUUUUGACUGAGGUGCAGCACCAAGCUACUAACCGCAUGAGGGACCACUUUUCGCAGCCUGUCCUAGCACAGCCCGUGCGAGCAAGUCCCGUGAGGGAUUAUAACGAGGACAGUGAUCAGGAAAUGAGAAACUUGAGGUCGGAGCCUAUGUAACUUCCUCAUCUGUUCAGUCGGCUGUCUUUAUCAUUUGGAGCAUGUUCUAGAUUUCUCAUUAUGCAUAAAUUCAUGUAAUUCUCAGUUCUACCACUUGUGGUGAUCGACCAGAGAUGCAAAAACAAGACAUCUUCAAAUGGUAGAGCGGAUGCAUAUUUGUUGUUG